ACAUGUUUUAUACAAGGCUAGCAUCUGGUUUCAACACAGUCGGAAGAAGAUUUGGUGCUCUCUCAAACUUGGUUCAAGCAAGAAACCCAGCUAUUAUCUACAAAUCCCAAACACAUGCUGAGAAGAUCAUUUCAUCUUCUUCUAAACUAGGUAGAAAUUCUAGAGAACUGGGGGACCAACAAACUGCUGCAAGGACUAGAAACCUGAAGGAUGAGCUACAGCAGCAAAUUUACAGGCAGACCUUGACACAAAAUGCAAAUCUGAAACAAAAGAAGCUGGUAAACAAGUCUCUUGUGUAUAUUGCCCUUUGUCCAGGCCACCCUCAAGUUGACAACAAGCAAAGGUCCAUGGGUCAAACCGAACCAGAACCCCAGAGCAGACAUCUCACGGAUCAGAUCUUGACAUGGCCAUGGAGACUCUUCAGAUAUGCUGGAGCUACUUUUGGAAGAACUUGCACAAGAAUGUCAGCAUUUUCACACCAAACCAGAGAAACAAUUGUGGCUGCAUUUCAGACAACCAGGACCAGAACUGCAGGUUUCUUGAACACAACUCAAACAAGAUUCAGAAAUUGUUUGCUUGAAGCUGGAGAAGAGCUUAGAAUUAAUUUACUUAUGAUUGUAGAAGACUGUAAAUACAUAAUUCGGAGAAUCUUUCACCUUGGUUCUGAGUCUGGUCUAGCUAUCACUUAUUGUGUUUGGCUCAUUUACGUCAACACUGAAGAAAGAUUUCAAAGAAUUGGAACAAGAACUUUACUGUUUUUAAACCAGGUCAAAGCAAGAACAGAUGCUGCCUUCAACAGAACUCAAACAAGAAUUAGAAAUUAUUUGCGUACAACUAGAGAAAGACAAACUAAUGAAGCAACAAGUGAAAAUCAUGAGACAAUGGAUGCCGAUCCAGCAAGUAUCCCUGAAAGACACUGUGGAUCAACUGUGAUUCACACAGACUCUACAGCCUCAAAUUGACAACGAUAACCAGCAAAGGUCCAUGGGUCAAACCGAACCAGAUCCCCAGAGCAGACAUCUCACGGAUCAGAUCUUGACAUCGCCAUGGAGACUCUUCAGAUAUGCUGGAGCUACUUAUGGAAGAAUUUGCACAAGAAUGUCAGCAUUUUCACACCAAACCAGAGAAACAAUUGUGGCUGUAUUUUCAUACACCCAGAACCAGCUCUUUGGAAUUACAGCUAUCUUCAACACAAUUCAAAUAAGAAUCAGAGGAAUACUUGGAGAGCUUUUCAUUCAGCUGUUAUAUGUAAUUUCUCUCUUCAUGAAAGUUACUCUUCUUUAUUUUAUCACAACAGGGGCCUUAUGGUUUUUAAUGACGUUGAAUCAUUGUGUAUUUUAUACCUACCGUUUGGGGUUGACCUUUCUCGUUUACCCUUUAAAGCACGUGCUACUUUAUGGAUCGAAACUGUGCCAAUGUCUGCUAAAUGUAAACCCAAAAUAGACACAACAAAAAAAUUAAAUCACACAAAAACCUCUUAAAAAUAACAAAAAUCAAUUAAUCAUUUCAGACAACCAGAAUUGCAUGUUUCUUCAGCAAAUCUCAAACAUAAAUCAGAGAAAUAUUUAGAUACUUUUCUGUUAGGCUGAGAAAUGUUCUGGUAAAUGUAGUAAAUGUCAAUUUUGUUUUUCCUUUUUUAAAUUUUAUGCUCGAAUAUUUUUUAUUAGUGACCAUAUGGAUCCUUAUGCAUUUGUAUAGUAUUGUGUUUAUUUGCUUCUGUACGUUGUUUACCUUUUCAACUUAUUCUUUGUUCUACUUGCAAUUAGAUAUACCCAACAUUUACAAUUUUACACUAAAUAAAAAUUCAAAAUUGACAUAAUUAAAAAAAAUAAAUCAACCCCCCCACCCAAAAAAAACCAUACCACUUAAAAACCAAAACCAAAGCCCAACAAACAAUCUAAACUAGAUAAUGUGAUUGAUUUAAAAGACUGCAGGUGUCAGCAUUGCUGCCUGCUGUGGGUUCACUCCAGGUGCUCUGGCUCCCACAACCUUAAGAUGUAUGAGCUGCAGU